UCCAGCGUGGCUGUGAGAGAGUGUGGUGGAUGUUGGUCACUGCUCCCGCUUCCUGCCGUGAGGCUGAAGUGAGUAGCGGCCAUGCCGAGCAGCUAAAUGUGUUGCAGGUGUGCCCUCCAAUUAGGACCCAUGUGUGCCAACAUGAGACUGCAUGGAUGAAGACCGCGCAGGACAGACCGGAUUCUUCCCACAAUUGGGACAUGCUGUGCAGGUUCAAUGAGGCUACUCAAAAUGAGCCGUCCAUAGCGUGUCUACUCGUUUGGAUUCUUCAUUCGUCACUCCAAACAUGUAAACAGACACCAAGACCCUGCUCCUCGUCUUGACCUUCAACGUCCUCCGUAUCCGACUGAGCUCUGACAAAGACAACAACGCGAGUCGAAGUCAACAAGAUGGUCGAUGCAGUGAGAAGAGGACGACGACUCCAGCAGUGACUGACAAUCGACAGCGCCGAUGCUCGUCGUGUCGUUCUUGGCAGAGGACAGGAGGCGGGGAUGGGGGCAAGAGAAGUCCCUCAAGGUCAGUGGCGAGGGGGUAACAAUAUUCCAGACAAAUGAGACUUCCCAGGCCAAAGUCUUUCCACGGCCAGGAAGACAGUGAUGAGGUCUCUGAGGGACGUCGCGCUUUGGAGAAAAAAAAUGUCAUUCUAGAGGCGUGGUAAUGGACUGCAAACACUGCUGCUGAUGUCAGGCCACUUGCCCUUCCUCCUGUGUCACUGGUCUGAUGUCUCUCCUGAUUGCCUGAUUGUGCCCACCUGUGUCACCCUCCCUCAUGUGUAUAUAGUCCUCGUCUUCCCCUGUCUUGUUGCCAGAGUAUAUCGUCUCGCUACGUACCUCCAGCCUUGUCCACAGCCUUGUCCACAGCCAUCAACCAAGUUUGGGAACACCUGUCACAACGGCCUCAUGCCCGCCAUGGCCCGGCCCGCCAUGCCGUCUGUUCACAGCGCUCUUGGCAUGAAGCCUUUUCUUCCUUUUCCCAUGGACAACGUCUCAGCGGCCGUCAGACUUUUCCCAACAUUCAACGCGAGCCAAGUUGUGGCCCACUACAAGGGGACCAAACACGGCAGGAAGCCGAAGGCCCCGGACGCUCCCAAAACCAGGAGGAGAGGCUCAGCGGUGGCCAAGGAGACGGGCGGCCAGGAGGCUGCCGCGGGCGUCGUCGACGACAAAGAGAUGCCCCCAGCUCUCCAACUGCCACCAGUCGAUGGAGCCUCGCCGGCAGUCCCGGACGCCUCAGAGACGACCUCAGCUGCCGGGACGGACGAGGGGCCGCCGCAGCUCCACUCGCCCGCCGAACCUGACCUGGACCCCGACGCCGAGCCCGAGAAGGAGCUGGACCCAGAGACGGAGGAAGAGAAAGCGAAGCGUCUUCUCUACUGCUCGCUGUGCAAGGUGGCCGUCAAUUCGGCAUCGCAGCUGGAGGCCCACAAUAGUGGUACCAAGCACAAGACCAUGCUGGAGGCCCGCACUGGGGUGGGCUGCAUCAAGUCCUUCCCGCGGGCCGCAGUCAAAGGCAAACUGCCGCCGCCGUCCAAAACGUCGACGGGCCUGCAGAACAAAACCUUCCACUGUGAGACGUGCGACGUGCACGUCAACUCCGAGACGCAGCUGAAGCAGCACAUCAGCAGUCGGCGUCACAAAGACAGAGCUGCCGGCAAACCAGCCAAGCCCAAAUACAGCCCUUACAGCAAACCACACAAAGGAACCACGAAACAGAUGCAGGUCAAGCUGACCUUGGGCAAAGAGCGGCCGUGCCCGCCACUCGCCGCGCAGCUGCUGCCCGCCCACCUGGCGGCCAUGGCCGCCGCCAUCAGCAACACCUUCGCGCACCGCGCCCCACGCGGCGUCCCGGCCCCCGGCCUUUUCCAGACGCAGCCCCUCCACGCCGCUCUGCUCCGCCCCGCCCCCGGGCCCGUCAGGACCUCCCACCCUCAACUUCUCUUCGCCCCCUACUGACUCCCCCGCGGCCCCUCCCCCACUGGACCAGCACUCCGACCAGUCUAUGCAUUCAGGGUUCGUGCCGUUCACGCCGCUCCUGACGGCGCCGCGCCAACAGCUCACGGGCCUUCCUUUGAUGCCCGGACGGCGGACGCGGACUUGACGGCAAUAAUGUAAACCGCGUUGGAACUAUGCAGACUUCACCGUGAUGUUCCCGUCGCUCACUUCCUGUUCGCACUUUAACCUCUGUUGAUGUGCACGUUAGACGCUAGACCGUGUUUGAUGGUGACAGUGUGUGUUGUUUUUCUAUUUGUCCUUACACAUCCGUGCAUGUGUGUGCGUGUGUGUUUGUGUGUGCGUGUUUGUGUGCGCGCGCGUGAGAGAACGUUCCAUCCGCCGCAAGGACGGAUGGAACCGACAGGCUGACGGACCACCAGUGCUUGUGUGUUACGUGUUUCUGUGUCACGGUGAUACGUUUGAAAGAAAUAAAAGAG